CUGGCCGGCGUGCUGGCCGUGUGCUGCGUGGACUGUCCGCCCGCCGGCGCGCCGCUCGACGCCGGCAACAUCUUCCAGAUAGUGCACCGCGAGCGCGUGCUGUUCGUGCAGGCCGCCAACUGCGUGGAGCGCGCCGAGUGGGUGCGCCUGCUGAGCGCGCUGUGUCGCCGCGCGCCCGUGGCCGCGCCGCACCGCGCCUACUACUGCGGCACGCGCUGGACCUGUUGCGGUCGCAGCGAGCCGGCGGCGGAGGGCUGCGGCGGCGGCGCGCUGCCGGGCGAGCGCGAGGCGGGCGUGGCGGCGGGCUGCGGCGAGGGCGUGCAGCGCUACCUGGUGCGCGGCGCGGCGGCGCUGGCGCUGCGCCUGGACCCCGCGCGCGACCUGCAGCGGCUGCACGCGCUGCUCGUGGCGCACGCCGCGCUGGUGGACGCCAGGCUGCACCGCACGCAGGAUGACACGAGUCCCGAGGAACGCGAGGCUGAAGCGGUAACGCUGCGCGAGAUGCAGAAGGUCAUGUUUGACUUGGAGCACCGGCAUUGCAUCCACAGGAGAUCGCUGGCCCGGGAAACUAAAUACGGGAGCAAACAAGCGCCCAUCGGUGACGACAAUUAUUUGCACUUAGCUGGUGCCGCCACGAACGUAGACAGCGGAUCUUUUCUAUGGCGCUCGUGGCGCGGCAACGUCUCGCCUACCAUCGAUCUGGACGGCAAAGCGUUGCCUCUCCAACCUUCCAUAGACAUAUGUUCUAGCUCAGAGUCUCUCAAACUAGCCCGGCAAGGUGACGAGAGAUCCUCCGGAAAAUCUAACAAGUCUACAGGCAGCGGGUACCUCACCAUGUCGUGUAUAAAACACGAACCUUCUGAAGACAGCGACGCUUCCAACGAGAAGCCCGCCAGGCCUCCAAAACCCGCGCGACUCUCGCCUUCCAGACCCACCCUCACGUCGCCCGCGACCCCGCUCUGUGAAUACAUCGACGUCGACAGGAAACCCCCCGUGCGGCGACCGAAACCGGACCUCGCUCCCAGACGACCCGAUUACGAAGCUCGAUGCAAAGAGUACGAACUAAUGGCCAAUUUCAUGAGCCAUGCGCAGCCGGAAGAUGACGUGCCGCCCGCUGUCCCGCCCCGGGGCAACACCGCUCGUGUCAGACUACAGCCCAAACCAGCUGAAACUGAAGUUAGAAAAUCUGAAGAUCCGGCGAUUCAAUGUAACUUAUCCAACUCUUUGAAUAGUCUGCCCGAAGCGACUCAUUCCGAACUAAGCUUUGAAUCGUCCCGGAGGCAGGAGCGACCUCUUAGCAAAACUGAUACGGUCUCAAACGAUGACAGCUUACUAGAUGAAUUACAAAGGGAUACGUAUUGCGUCCUCAAGGUGUGUGAGGACGAUAUUCCGGACGAACCCAUCGAAGUAAAAUGUGGGAAGGAUAGGAAAGAUAAAGAGGAGUAUGGUGUGUUUUCUAGAAUAAGUUUACAGAGAAAAUCCAAUCCUAUCAAAACUCAACCGAAGUCCAUUAAGCCUCUUAAAACUUCCAAUUCAACGUCAAACGUACAUGACGUAGCGUCAGGAUCAUCGAGGCCGCUCUCGGAGAGGUUAACGCUUUUUCUUAAAAAGAAGCCGAAGCCAGAUCCGAAAACGGCCCAAUCGAAAUCUGAAGAUGGCCAGAGCGGCAAGAGUGGGCGAAAGGAAGAGAAAGACAAUCUUAUCGGUCGUUUGACGCCUCGCUUCGGCCAGUCGCGUCUGUACAACCGUGGACAGUCGCUGGAUCUCACGACGGACUCCCACACGAGACGCAUCGAGCGCUCGGCCACCACGGUCAGCAUACCGCGGCCCAUCAACUCCUCUAUAGUGGCCAUGAAAUUUCUCACGCUGCAUCGGUACGGCGCUCAGGACGAGGUGCAAUGCCGCGCCUUUGUGCAGAACUCCGGCGAGGACCGGGACGUGGAGGAUGGCGCGGCGGCGCGGCCAGAGGACAGCCCGCGGGACUGUGGCGGCCCGCUGCAGUACUCGAGCAGCGAGGCUGAGGGUCUGGAGGGCGGCGCGUGGCGGCGGAACCACGGGCCGCUGCUCACGGCGGCCACCAAUGAUAUUAGACUGUAAAUAGUUAAGUAAAUAGUAUUGUAUGUGGAUAAGUGUAAGCCCGCCUUGGUCUCCGCCAUAUUGUUUUGUCGGGACCGAGUGGUAGCAAUGGUGCGCGUGUAAAGAUAUAGGCUAGUUUUGUAUUUAUUAUUUCUAUAUUUUUCGAACUCGUUUUCGUCUACCUGAGCAUGUGCCUCCUCUAGUUUGUAGUCUUGAAUAUUUCCGCGCACGCGGGCGUGCCUGCGUUCGUGCGAGGUCGCGCGCGCACGCACGCACGUCUGCGGGUAUGUGUUUAUUAAUAAUUAUCGUAAUAGCGUAAAUGAAUACUCAAAAAGUGCCAAGUGUUGUGCGACAGCGCGUCGGCUGAUCGAUUCUCAUUCCGGUCGCACAGUGUAGCGACUAUUGUACUGAUCGUUUAUAAUAGCUGUAUGAUAUUCUGUGAUUGGUGUCGUUUAAUUGAAUCUAUCAAUAUAAUAUAGAGAAAUGUAUUUAUAUAGUUAUUAUAUACUACGUAAACCUAGAUUAUGCUGUCAAUAUGGUUGACGUAAAAUUAAAGCUUCAACUGUAGUGUUGUAAUAUAGAAAUUAUUAAACUAUUUAUAAUAUAAUACUUGUUAACAUUGUAAUAUUAAAGUUUCCGUUAAAUAUGCCGAUGGGUUAAGAAGAUAUGUUUUUAAAGUUGGUGUUUUAACUAUAAAAAGUUCCUUUAAAAUUUUAAUAGUAUAUAUCUCUAUUUUUAUGGUUAUUUUUUUAGAACUAUUUACAUGAUCUAGAAAAACGGUAACUUAUUACAAUAAUUUUAUAGCUUAGAGAGUUGUAUUUUCAGACACAGGUCAACACAAAACUGCCAUUGUCAUCUUAACCCAGAGCAUAUUUAGUGUUGUAAACAGUUAACGGAUUGUGUAUCAAUUAAUAUUAUUCUAAAUAGACAAAUUUAAUCCAAAUAUUGAAACUUUAUUCUGCAAUUAUUAGGAAAUUUACUCGCAAUUCUAUAAAUUACUGAAAUUCACUCUAAAUAGAAUGUGUUUUGUGCACCAUUAUGAUAAUUGUACUUAAAGUGAUAUUAUAAUAUUUUAUUGUUAAAAAUAUUCUAAAUAACGCCUUAGCUACAUCGCGCCUACCUGGAGGGCCUUCGGUAACAACGUUACUCAUACUGUGAUUCACUUUACAAGACAUUUGUUGGUUCUAAUAUUUGUGUUGCGAGCGCUCGGAGCACUUUCGCGCCGACUGACUCUGUAAAUGUUUCUUGUUAAAAUGUAUUAUAUUUAUUUUGAAAACUUUAAAGCUUAACUCUUUGAGGUGCAUUGUUGUUCUAUGUUUUUCGAAUUAAUUUUUGAUCUAUCUAUUAAAAGUAUAAAAUAAUGUACAAAUUAAUAUUUCUUUAAAUAUAUGAUGUUAUUUAUUUCACUGAUUACAUUUUGUUAAUAAAAUUACACUAAGUAUAAAUUUA